CCGGUGAUUGCUACCGGGGGAAUAAAUUAUCCGGGCAGCAGGCUCCUCUCCCCUCCUCAAUCCCCCCCAACUGUCUAACAGAAGGAAUCUCUUCUCAACACUACCGCGUCCGGUGGAACAUCAUGUCUGCUAUGAGGACGUUAACGAUCGCGGGAUUAUUUCUGGCUUUUUGCGCGUUGGGACUCAUAGCAGUGGCAAUAUGUACUGAUAAUUGGUACGAGACCGAUGCAAGGAGACACAGGGAACGUUGUAAGAAUUAUUCCAACAAAAGAAACGACCCUGGAUUUAUUUAUAUCUCAAAUCAGAACCUUCCACUACGUAUGUUACCGAAGGAGAAUAACGUGGAGAGGAAAGGGUCGAGUGGAGGUGUCCUCCUGCGGGCUAAACGACACUUCUUGCCCCCUGCCCCGGCCAUGGAGUCCCUCUGCAGUCGGCAGUACAACUCCACCAUCUCCGGGCUGUGGAGGAAAUGUCAUAGGGAUGGAUUCGACCUGGAGACAGAGGAUCUCAUCUUUAAAGGUUUAGUUCAGCGCUGCACACCAAUAAAAUACUACUACUAUUCUUUAGCCCUCCCCAGAAAGCUGAGCAUCAAUAUUAUCAAGACUAUUCGUCAGGAUGAGUGGCACGCACUCCACCUGCAGAGAAUGACAGCCAGUUUUAUCGGCAUGGCUGUGUCCAUCAUCCUGUUUGGCUGGGUGAUCGGAGCUCUGGGCUGCUGUCAGCAGCAUGACCUGAUGCAGUAUGUAGCAGGACUGCUCUUUCUCAUGGGAGGAACAUGCUGUAUCAUCUCUCUGUGUACGUGUGUAGCAGGGAUCAACUUCCAAUUGUCCCGUUAUCCUCGGUACAUGUAUGGGAUCCCAGAGGACAUCAGUCACGGAUACGGUUGGUCCAUGUUCUGCGCAUGGGGGGGCCUAGGUCUCACCCUAUUGGCUGGCUUCCUGUGCACGCUGGCCCCUUCCCUCUACCCCCCUGUGCCUCACACUAUGGUAGAGAGGCUGCAACGCAAGCCCCGACAUGAGAACGGCUGUGUGUGACACCAUAGAAAUAGAAUUACUAUUUGACCUCAAUGGGAAUAUCCAUUCUAGUAAUGGGAAUGUCCGUUCUAGUAAUGGGAAUGUCAAUUCUAGUAAUGGGAAUGUCCGUUCUAGUAAUGGGAAUGUCCAUUCUAGUAAUGGAAAUGUCAAUUUUAGUAAUGGGAAUGUCCGUUCUAGUAAUGGGAAUGUCCAUUCUAGUAAUGGGACUGUCCAUUUUAGUAAUGGGAAUGUCCGUUCUAGUAAUGGGAAUGUCCAUUCUAGUAAUGGGAAUGUCCAUUUUAGUAAUGGUAAUGUCCGUUCUAGUAAUGGGAAUAUCCGUUCUAGUAAUGGGAAUGUCCAUUCUAGUAAUGGGAAUGUCCAUUUUAGUAAUGGGAAUGUCCAUUUUAGUAAUGGUAAUAUCCGUUCUAGUAAUGGGAAUAUCCGUUCUAGUAAUGGGAAUGACCAUUCUAGUAAUGGGAAUGUCCAUUGUCGUAAUGGGAAUGUCCAUUCUAGUAAUGGGAAUGUCCGUUCUAGUAAUGGGAAUAUCCAUUUUAGUAAUGGGAAUAUCCAUUCUAGUAAUGGGAAUGUCCAUUGUUGUAAUGGGAAUAUCCAUUCUACUAAUGGGAAUGUCCAUUCUAGUAAUGGGAAUGUCUAUUGUUGUAAUGGGAAUAUCCAUUCUAGUAAUGGGAAUGUCUGUUCUAGUAAUGGGAAUGUCUCUUCUAGUAAUGGGAAUGUCUAUUGUUGUAAUGGGAAUAUCCAUUCUAAUAAUGGGAAUGUCUAUUGUUGUAAUGGGAAUAUCCAUUCUAGUAAUGGGAAUGUCUAUUGUUGUAAUGGGAAUAUCCAUUCUAAUAAUGGGAAUGUCUAUUGUUCUAAUGGGAAUGUGUGUUCUAGUAAUGGGAAUAUCCAUUCUAAUAAUGUGAAUGUCUAUUGUUGUAAUGGGAAUGUGUGUUCUAGUAAUGGGAAUAUCCAUUCUAAUAAUGGGAAUGUCUAUUGUUGUAAUGGGAAUGUGUGUUCUAGUAAUGGGAAUGUCCAUUUGAGAAUGUCUGUUCUCGUAAUGGGAAUGUCUAUUGUUGUAAUGGGAAUAUCCAUUCUAGUAAUGGGAAUGUCUGUUCUAGUAAUGGGAAUGUCUAUUGUUGUAAUGGGAAUAUCCAUUCUAAUAAUGGGAAUGUCUAUUGUUGUAAUGGGAAUGUGUGUUCUAGUAAUGGGAAUGUCCAUUUGAGAAUGUCUGUUCUCGUAAUGGGAAUAUCCAUUCUACUAAUGGGAAUGUCCAUUCUAGUAAUGGGAAUGUCCAUUCUAGUAAUGGGAAUGUCUAUUGUUGUAAUGGGAAUAUCCAUUCUAGUAAUGGGAAUGUCUGUUCUAGUAAUGGGAAUGUCCAUUCUAGUAAUGGGAAUAUCCAUUCUAGUAAUGGAAAUAUCCAUUCUAGUAAUGGGAAUGUCCGUUCUAGUAAUGGGAAUGUCCGUUCUAGUAAUGGGAAUGUCUAUUGUUGUAAUGGGAAUAUCCAUUCUAGUAAUGGGAAUGUUCGUUCUAGUAAUGGGAAUGUCCAUUAUUGUAAUGAGAAUGUCCAUUCUAGUAAUGGGAAUGUCCAUUCUAGUAAUGGGAAUGUCUAUUGUUGUAAUGGGAAUAUCCAUUCUAGUAAUGGGAAUGUUCGUUCUAGUAAUGGGAAUGUCCAUUUUAAUAAUGGGAAUGUCUAUUCUAGUAAUGGGAAUGUCCUUUUUAGUAAUGGGAAUGUCUAUUCUAGUAAUGGGAAUGUCCUUUUUAGUAAUGGGAAUGUCCAUUUUAGUAAUGGGAAUGUCUAUUCUAGUAAUGGGAAUGUCCAUUUUAGUAAUGGGAAUGUCUAUUCUAGUAAUGGGAAUGUCCAUUUUAGUAAUGGGAAUGUCUAUUCUAGUAAUGGGAAUGUCCUUUUUAGUAAUGGGAAUGUCCAUUCUAGUAAUGGGAAUGUCUAUUCUAGUAAUGGGAAUGUCCAUUUUAGUAAUGGGAAUGUCUAUUCUAGUAAUGGGAAUGUCCAUUCUAGUAAUGGGAAUGUCCGUUCUAGUAAUGGGAAUAUCCGUUCUAGUAAUGGGAAUAUCCAUUCUAGUAAUGGGAAGGUCCAUUUGAGAAUAUCCGUUCUAGUAAUGGGAAUAUCCAUUCUAGUAAUGGGAAUGUCCAUUUGAGAAUAUCUGUUCUAGUAAUUCUAUUUCUAUGUGUGGCACUCUGCCAAACCUUCAACUCCCAGUGACAGGAGUGUGUGACCGUGUCAGUAUCUGCCAGACUUUCCAGUGACAGAACUCUCAUCCCUCCUGAGUCUUGUCUCUUCUCCAUCCUCUGACAGUCAGUCAUCCCUUCCUCUGAAAAAAAAUAUGUUGAUAUGUGCUGGGUCUGACUGGACUGGGGACGUUACCCAGAGACUAAGAAGUAAGAUCUGUCAGACACACGGCAUUGAUUGCACAAAGAAAAGAAACAGACAAAAAUAUUCUGUCUCUCAAGCUUGAGGGGAAUUUGUUAGGGUCGGACGAUGACAGUUUACUGAAGAGGAAUUCAUUUCUUCUUCUGGUGCUUUCUUUUCUUCUGUCCUCCUCUUCCUCCUCUUCCUCCUCUUCCUCCUCCCUAACCAAAACUGUCAACAGGUACAGAAUUAUAUUUCUGUCCCAUAAUGAAUUGUUUAGUGGAGAAGUUACUCUAGUAAAUAUCUUCCUGUACCUUUGACCUUUGAUGCUGGUUCUACAAAAUUGAAGAAGACAGAAGAACAAUGAUAGCACCAACUUUAAGAGUUGAACUUCCACUGCAAUGUUCACUUAAGGGCUCUAUUCUGUCCGGAUCGCUGAAGCAUUCCAGAUCUCUGAAGCGUUCCAGAUCUCUGAAGCGUUCCAGAUCUCUGAAGCGCUUCCAGAUCUCUGAAGCAUUACAGAUCUCUGAAGCGUUACAGAUCUCUGAAGUGUUCCAGAUCUCUGAAGCGUUACAGAUCUCUGAAGCGUUACAGAUCUCUGAAGCAUUACAGGUCGCUGAAGUAUUACAGGUCGCUGAAGCGUUACAGAUCGCUAAAGCGUUACAGAUCUCUGAAGCGUUACAGAUCUCUGAAGCGUUACAGAUCUCUGAAGCAUUACAGAUCGCUGAAGCGUUACAGAUCGCUAAAGCGUUACAGAUCUCUGAAGCGUUACAGAUCUCUGAAGCAUUACAGAUCGCUGAAGUAUUACAGAUCGCUGAAGCGUUACAGAUCGCUGGAGCGAAGCGUUACAGAUCCCUGGAGAGAAGCGUUACAGAUUGCGCAAUAGAAAUGUAAAGGUAAUUUCCCAUUGAGCCGACAUAAUGCAGCGUUUACCGUGAAUUCAGUAUCCACUAACGCAGGAACAUUACCUUUAAAUUUCAAUCGCGAUGUAACGCUGAACCUCCGCUAUACGUAUUGAAUAGAGCCAUUAGUCUCCCACUGACGUCAAUGCAUGGCCAAGUGAAAAUUCAACAUGUUCCCCUAGCUAAGACUUAAUAAAGUUGAAAAUUAAAAUAAUAUGGACGUGUAUUCUCACAUUUUUUAAGUGCAAUCAUGCAGUAUUCCUUUAUGUACCCACUGAAACCAAAAUAAUAUGUAAAUUACAUUUUGAAAAUGAAUGCAGGUUUGCAUUUGUAUGUAUUCAAAGAAAACAUGAGCAUUAAGAUACCAGACUGUAUUUGAUGGGAAAUGUUUUGAUGUUUUUGCUGUUGACUGAUCAUGAUAGCCCGUUAAAGAGCCCAAUCAAGAUAUUUUUGAAAAAUAAAAUGACGAUACAAAUUGUU